AUGCGCGCCACCAUAAGCCACAAAUUCAGCAGAGACUACCAGCUUGGAACACAGCCAUGGUUGGAGCACCCAGCCAUGCCGGUAAACCCGUCACUUUCGGUGACCAUUUCACAGUAUAUGGUCAGUCUUCAUUGGCAAAAGGAAUACGGCCCAAUCUCGCGCAAAUGCAAAGCAGAAAACCCAUUUGAAUGGGCUGGAUUUUUGCUCUGCACGAUGCUUUAUUUACUUUACCUUCUCUCCAUGCUUUGCCUGCUCCGCUAUGACGAAGCUUUACGGAUCACCUGGGCUGAUGUCACAUUCCAGUCAGCUACCGACCCACAGCAGUUCCGAGUGAAGCUAGAAUUACCCUUUCAAAAGACGCAUCAGUAUGGAGGCAUAGCCCCAUUCUACAUAUACGCUGAUCCCGACCGGCCAUGGAUGUGCUUGCUGCGAGCAUUUGCUAUCUGGUGGCUGUUAGCUCAUGAGAAACACGAAGACCUCAAUGGGUUCAUCUUUCGCAAAAAGAUUGGUAACAUCAAGAGAAGGAAGACCUCGGACUCCUUUCUCGAGUGCUUCCGAAACAAUCUCCUCGACAUUAGCGGGUGUCAGUUUCUGCACACAGUGCGAGACUGGUCGUUUCGGAAGAUCUGUGACUGGGAUGGGUGGGCCGAGAAUUUUGACAACCCUGGUACCAUAUUCAAGUACCUCUUGUCUUGGAACGACAAUCCAGCAGAGGCCCGUGAACACUACAUGAAUCCAAACAGACCAGGGUGUGACCCCUGCUAUAGCUGCGGAAGAACUUGUCAUUGUGGUUAA